AUGACGCCCACGAGAUCUUCGAGGCUGGAAACAGAAGACGAGCACAGAAGGAGAGUGCUCGAGGAUGCGGUAAUAGCUCUGGCUAAUCGGGAUAACUGCCAGAGGCAGGGACAGGCCGCGUUUGAUAAAGUCUUACAGAUGCGACCUCCUUCAUAUAGUGGCACUACUGAUCCGGUGAUAUUAGAAGGAUGGAUCCGGACCAUGGAAAAGGUAUUCCGGGCAGCCAGAUGCCCUGAAGAAGAAAAACUUGAUAUCGGCGCUUAUUAUCUGGAGGGUGAAGCUGACAACUGGUGGACGAUGCUGCACCCACAAUGUACUGCUGAUUCAAACUUUAAAUGGUCACAAUUCUUGGAGAAACUGAGGGAAAGAUUCUAUCCUGCCGCAUUGAGGUGGCGUAAACAGGAUGAAUUCAUGAAUCUAUUCCAGGGGAACAUGACUAUUCAGGAGUAUACGGAUAAGUUUACGGAGUUAUCUAGGUUCGCCCCUCAUGCCUGCCCAACCGAAGCUGAAAAGGUUCUACGGUACGUCAACCGUAUGGACCCAAGAGUGCAGAUUCCGGUGAUGAGUUCGAAGCCUGCAACGUUCCAGGAGGCGUAUGAUAUAGCCCUGAGUAUUCAUACUACUAUCCUAGAGAACGAAGCCAGAAUGAGGAAUGCUAAACCACCACCACAACAUGUUGACCCCAGAAAAUGCAACCGUUGUAGUAAGAACUCGCAUCCAGGAGUCACAUGUGAGGGAAAACCGAUAGUCUGUUACAGAUGCCAAGAGCAAGGGCAUAAAUCAUAUGAAUGCCCGAAGAGAUCCGGAGUAACCGAAUCUGGAGCUGCUAGACUUACCUCACCUGCAACACAGAAGAGCCGAGUGUUUUGCAUGACACGAGAAGAAGCAAAUGCUAAUCCUGAUGUGGUUACGGGUAACAUUCUUGUACUCAAUAAACCUGCUGUUGUGCUAUUUGAUUCUGGUGCUACCAUGUCUUUUAUCUCCAGCUCUUUUGUUAAUAAAGUAGGUUUGCUACCUACUUCUCCUGUUAAUAUCAUUAUUACCUUACCUACGGGAGAGGAAGUUAUGAGUGGUAGAGAAUAUAAAAAUGUGCCCAUAAAAAUAGCUGAGUCUAUUUUUCUUGCCGAUCUUAAACAUUUCCCCAUGACCGAGUUUGAUGUCAUACUAGGGAUGGAUUGGUUGUAUAGAUAUCAAGUCAUCAUUUAUUGUCAUGACAAAAGAAUAGUGAUGAAAGAUCAUGAGGGAAAAGAAAUUUCCUAUUCAGGAGUAAAUGGUAAAAAGGGAGUGAGAAUAGUGUCAGCCCUAAAAAUGAUGAGAUUGUUGAGGAAAGGAGAGAUGGUAUUCCUGUGUAGUGUUAAGGAUGUGUCAGAGGAAAGGAAAUUAGAAGACAUUCCAGUAGUGAGAGAGUACCCCGAUGUUUUCCCUAAUGAAUUGCCAGGUAUACCCCCAGAAAGAGAUGUAGAAUUCAGCAUCGAUGUAAUACCAGGCACAGCUCCCAUUUCUAAAGCACCAUACAGAAUGGCACCUCCAGAAUUGCAAGAAUUGAAGACUGCUCUUUGUAAAGAAAAAGGACGGUAG